CAAGCAAGAUACACCCACAGUAUGCACCCAUGCAGCACCCAUUUUAUGUUUCACAGGAAAAGGAUAUUCCGAUGUGUCCACUGACACUGCAACUCUCUGAACUGAAGGUUCAAGAGGCUUUACUGAAUGCAGUGAACAGUGAAGGCAAGUGGCACCUGAAUCAGUCACACCUUCGGCAGCCAUCUUAAGAUUUGAUCAACAGGAAAUAGAUCUAUUUAACUGUGGCUUCAAGCAGCCAUCACGUUGCACUUUGUACCCAACAGGAGAUAUUUUAUGAUACAAUAUGGGAGGAAAUAGAUGUAACCAGAGCUUCAAGGUACUUCGAGCCGAGUUACAUUAAUACAGGUCUGGCACUUCUUAUCGAAUGCAUUUAUCUGACGAUCCACUUACAUUUUCUGACAAUGGCAAGUGGAGGAUCUUUCACACCCUAUGAUCUGAGGAUUCUGUUGCUGGGACCUAGAGGAGCAGGAAAGACUUAUGUGGCUGACAAAAUUAUUGGCCAUGAGACUUCUGAAGAAAACAUUGGACUGUGCAUUGAGAAAAAAGGAAAAUGGAAAGGACAAACGGUGACCGUGGUGGACACGCCUGGCUGGGACAGUGUAGCUGUGCAGCAAACACAUUUGCAAACUGAACGGAUCGUGGAAGGUGCAGCCUUGUGCGUACCAGGACCUAAUGCCUUGAUCCUAGUGCUGCCCAUAUCAACGUAUGAAGAUGUGCUUUCAACUGAAGAGAUUCACACUGCCUGCCAACACGUAGAGCUUUUGUCAGAGAGGGCCUGGAAUUACACCAUGGUGCUGUUUGUGUGCAAAUAUGAGGUAGAGGAAUCUGUCAUUGGUCGGCAUGUGAAGGCUACGCAGAAGCUUCUUGAAAAAUGUGAUCGUCGGCAUUUCAUCCUCCGGAAUGACUCUCGGGUUGCCGACCUGCAGCAGGUGAUAGAGGAUCUAGUGAGAAAGACCUGUGGAGAGUGUCUGAGCUAUAGUAGAGAUAUCCUCCCAAGCUAUUCUCGGGCAAAAUCGGAUGGCACUGCAGAGCUACACAAACAAUCAGAACAGACAGUGAAACAUUCUGAUGAGAUGAAGAGACGCGAUAGCUCUGAAACGAUACGUCCAACUAUGCAAGAGACAGGAAAGAGUGAAGUGGCUGUUCAGGAUCAAGGGGACAUACUUGCUCUUCUUGGACGGUAUGCACCACCAUCAGGGAUCAUAAUGAUGGCUUAUAUUGGAGCACUUUUGGGCGCAGUAGCUGGGGCAACUGAUGGAGUGGCUGGAUCAGUUAGAGGUCUAGUGUUGGGAGUAACUGGGGGCAUUCUGGUGGCCAUGAUGGUAAUUGGAGCAGCAAGGUUUUCAAGAGGCAAUGGCAUCCAAAGUGGUGCACACCAGAGCACCAAUAUAAGGGAUGCAGGCUCAACUGAAAAGUCCAAAGAGCAAUAAGAUGCAUGUGAGAGGUAAAGUAAAUAUAGCUGAGGCCUUUUGUGUUUCACAGUUAUUUGCGUUGAACACGUAAGGGAUAAUGGACGACACUCCAUUAGAUUAUCUGAAAAUAAACGCACAUUCAAGGUUGUAAUGCAACCAUGACGCGCAGCGGAAUGCCCAGUAGAUUUCUAUUUAAUGCAUUGUUUUAUCUGAAUCUGUAUUUGACAUCAAUCUUGUUAAGUUUAUGUUUAAGUCUUGUUUUUUUGAUUAAGCUUACAUUGUUAAACUGACAUCUAACCUGUUGUAGUGUAUCUGUCUGAUUUUACUUCAAUUUAAAUGAUAUUGGUUACAUUUAAGUUUAUAGUUUACUGGUUAAUAAAUAGUUAAUUCACCACCAUU